CCAAUGACGCACCCUUUCCGAGGUCUCCAAGUGGCGGCUGCAAGGAACUCUUGCAAAGCAACCCAACUCUGGAAACAACCACAAAACAGUUGCUGCCCAAAUUGUUUGCGUUAUUUCCUAGCUAGCGUUUCUCUGCAUCAUGAAACAGACUUUACUAUUGCUUCCUUUCUUGGCUGGAGCCUGUCGCGGCUGGGUGGCUCAAAGACCUGGAGUAGGAGGAUUUAAACGUUUGCAAAAAUGCAAUGCGCAAACGGCAUUCUGGCAAGAGUUUUCCACCUUGGAUGGGAUUGACGAAGAAUUUGCCGAACAGCAAUGGUACCUGCCUUCAGUGGUCGAGCGAGCCUUGAUUGACGAAGAGUCGUCCGUGAAUCCACACCAUCUCCUGCAGAGUCUCGACAUGUCCACCAAGACACGAGAGCAAGCAUUGGGGGCCUUGGCGGAAUCGGAUGCCAUUGAUACGUAUUCCUCGAUACUGACGCGCGACGAAUGCUACAUAUUGCAAACGUACUUGUUGAAGAAUGUGGAAAAAGAGCUUGGAAUUGACAAUGUGGACGACUGUGCCGACUGGCAAGUCAACCUGGAUGUCGAGGAACUGGAACGGCUGAUUGGCAGUCAUGCCGUGGAUCGCCUGUUUCAAGUACCGUCGUUGCUGGAAGAUGAUCCUGCGAUUGACAACCGAUCAGCGUUCGAACGAGUGGGAAUUUUCAUUCGAGUGUACGAGCGAUCUCCACAGGGUCGGCCUUGGAUGCCGUUCCAUUCGGAUGGCAACGCCUGGACGGUCAAUGUGGCGUUGAACGACGACGCAGACUAUGAAGGAGGUCGGCUCAUGGCCUUGACGGAUGGGGCACUGCAAGUCGUGGAGCGUGGACAAGGGGACGCAACAUGUCACAGAGGAUCUGUGUAUCAUGCUGUUUCUGCCAUGAAACGGGGGAAGCGAUAUUCCAUGAUAUUGUUCUUUCAUACAGACUCCUAAGCAAUCAGCUUCCUUGCGAACAAGCUACAUGCGCAGAGAUGGCAGGGGAAACAACAAUGAAAUCAAUGUCAGUUGGCUGUCUGAGUACUCAAGCACAAAGUUUGCAACAAUUCGACUUGAAGCUGAGGCAGGUUUCGAGGGCACGCAAUCACCUUGGACCAGACUCCUCUUCUAAACCAGCUGACGUGUGGCCAUGAGGUGCUGGUUCCACUGGAGCAAAAUUCUAACACUGCAGAAUGAAUUCACUCCAAAAAAUUAAAGAGAUGUCGGUAGCAACAACAGUCCUCCAUGAACAAAAGCAACAACCACUAAAUGCUGCCAUCAUCCAGGCCUCUUUUGACAGGAUGAAAGGGUAGAUCGAUUUGUGGUUUUUGCUGGGCUUGGGCAAAGAGAAAGCCUGCUGCAAUGUUUGGUGCCACCAUGUUUUACCCUUUGCUUGAGGAGCUCCAGUGCCUGGCAACCCUUGGGCAUUGUUUUCUUUUCCUUGACCUUUGGGGGUAAACCUUGAACCAGCAACAGAUAGGUUGCAGAGACUGGAGUGGUGUGAUGUGGUGUGAUGUGGUGUGGUGUAAAGAGAUGUGACCAUGUUCUUUUGAACGUAGAGCAAAGAAAAAGAGAGCUUCGGCCACAGCGUCCUCCCAAAAUGUCUUUUUGGGCAGCUGCUGGUGUUACUACUAAGAAAAGAUUGGGCCCCCACAAAGGGCCUUGAAGAGGAAAGAAGGCGUGCUAAUCUUCGUACCUA